CUAAGAUAUAGGUAUAUCUUAGUUCGUGCUUCCUACCUUUAUAACUUUUUAAUGUUUCCUUUUAUUUACCUACAUAAAGAUACGAAAAGUUGACAUUUAUUUUGUAAUUCUUCCUUGUAAAUAAUUGUAAUAUAAAAAAUAUAAUUAUUUUUAACUUUUACCACUUGAAAACUGUGAAGCACUUUUAAUAACUAUAUAGGAAAAACCUUAUGACUAAAGUUUAUCUUAAUUGUCAGUUUUUUGAGUUUAUUAUGAAAAUUCCAUAGUGUAACAGAAAAAUACUGGCUGACUUAUGAAAAUUUCUUAGCAAAAUUGACUAUCCAAAUUUUUUAUUCUAAAGUGCAUGAAGACCAGUGGUUUAGUGAGAGAAAAUAUAAUUUUAAAGUUAAAAUGUGAAUAAAAAUACAAACAUCUCCAGGACUACCAUCAUUAGAGAAAAUAGAGAAGGAUAUCGCGUAAAGCUCACAAAAGAAGCUAAUAUAUAUACAUAUGUAAGGUGCCAAAAUGAUUCCAUUUAAGAAGGUAGAAGAAUUAAAUGAAUUAUUUAUAAGAAACAAAGACAUGAGUAUGUUGUUGAAUGAAAAAGAUAGAAGAUCUUUAGACAAUUUGAUCAAUGAAUUAUCUGGAGAAGAUAUUAAUUCAAAUUUACUUAAGACUAUUUUGGGGCUACAGGAGAAUAAAUAUUCCAUUGAAAUAAUUUGGCAACUACAUACAAAACAAAUUAUUGACUUUGCAGAAUUUAUCACAUGUUAUAAGUGGAGUGUUGAUCGUAUAGUUAAAACUCUACUAUGUAUGACUGAAUCCGAGGAAAAGCUUUAUCAAGAAAUUUUGACAGAUUUGUUGGGAAGUCUAUUAGUUUUGUUGUCUGGAGAACCUAAUCAUAUAUUCGAUCAACACAUACAAAUUAUUCAACAGUUUUUAGCUCAAUCAAGCUUAAUAAUCACAAGAAACCAUGAUGGAUGGGUCUAUUUGAAAAAUCUUAAAUGUUCACCUUUUUUAACAAAAUCAACAAUUCAAAAAAUAUUCAAAAUAAUGUUAAAAAAUAUGCUUAUAGCUGAUGUUGAUUUCCAUUUGAAUAUUGCAUAUGAACAUUAUAGAUUGUAUAAAACUCCUGAUUCUGUGUACAACAUGCUUAAAAUGUUUUUGGAUGAAAUUGAUGAAGAUGUUAUAUAUGCAUUGAUUCAGAAUGUCUUAACGCUGCAUGCAGAAAAAGCCAAUUGGAAAUUGAUAUUGUCUUUAAUUUCUACUUUUGUUAAAACAAAAUCUCAUCUAUGUCAUAUGUUAAAAUUGAAAUUAGAAGAAUUUCUCAAUCAAACAUUGUCCAAAUCAACUACAGAAAAAAGUUUUUUAUUGCAAAAGGCUGCUUUAUUAAUUUUUCGUCAAUGCUGUUUAGAAAUUGGUCUUUGGUCAGAAUACAGCAGAUGGUACAGUUCGUAUAAACUAAAUGUAGAUACUUCUAAAACAUUUUACUCUUUGCUCAUUGAAUUAUUGCCCAUUGAUUUACCUGCCGCUUUAGCAGCCCAUAUUAAUACUCAACCUAAACUAUCAGAAUCUUGUGGAGCUAUACAGUCUGAUUAUGUCAAAAAAGCCCAGGCCCAACUAAUCAAAAUAAACCAUGGAGAAGAUUACAUGGGGUUGUUUAAAAAUUACGAUGAUUGUCAGAACCGUCAUGAAGCAGACAUUGUCAAAGUGCUCGAAUCCUUUAAAUCAACUGGUCAAGUAAUGCGAGUUGUCUUAGAAGCAUGUGUUUUUAGAAACAAAUAUUUUAUUGGUACAUUUCUUAAAACUUUGAUGAAUACCCAACUGGUAGAUGAUCAGUUACGAAACAGUUUUAUUGAAAAAUUAAAUAGUAUGAAUAAAAUUCCUAAAAAUAUGUACACCAAGUGGAAACAAGAACAACAAAGUAUCUAUUUUUCAUAA